AUGUCGAAGUCCAAGAAGGCGGCGGCCAAGCGCAAGCAGAAUGUCGAAGCGACCGAGUUGUCGGCCAAGCGAGUGAAGACGGCCACCGGUGCCCUGCCCUCCCCCCCAGCCGAAUCCGGAUCCGAAGUCGACCGAUUCGAACCCAAGAGCAUCGCGACACUAGUCUCAGAGGAGGAGUUGGAAGUCACGGUCGACACCCUCAAAACAUUGGCCGAGAACCCUGCCAUCAUCAAGUCCAAGGCCUGCAAGGAACUGCGCUCCGUCGUCUACGACUUCAGACAGGCCUGCACCACGGGCAUCAACUCCAGCUCCGAAGCCAACCUUACCGCCAAGGUCUCCGGCUUCCUGGCUGACGGAAAGUUUAUCGAUGCCCUCGUUACGCUGGCCGAGAUGCGCAUCCGCGGCGACGUCCCCAGGCUAGGCGCCUUGUGCCGCUGGGUCAGAGAUCUCGACAUCACCAGCGGCUUGUCGCAAACCGAAACCACAAACAAACAGAGUCGACUCGAGCUGCUCAGGAUCAUGGAUGCCAUCCUGAGAGCCACCGGACAGCCAAUUGAUGCUUCCGGCCUUGGGGAUUCGUCAUCAGCAACAUGGACAGGACCCAUUGCGCUUCAGAAAAUGUGGGAUAUUCACGAGCCAUCAGCAACACUAUUUCCCAUGCGGCGAUCUGUUCUCGACGGCACAUUAUUCUCGGUAUGCCCACCGAAUAUCAAGGAUCUGUUCCAAGCCAUCGAGACGACCCCCGGUCCUCAACGGAAACCGCCCAACCUCCAUCCAGCUGUCCUUCACCUCAGCAACGAAGGUGCCGUUCCACUAUCACCUACUCCCCCGACCAUCACCAAGAUCGAACACCCCGUCGUCCCCUCGCUGUCUAUCUUGAAGGACGUCCUUUCCCCCGAGGAGUGCAAGUCCAUCAUCGCCGCCACCGAGUCCGUCGGCUACCUCCCCGACGCGCCCAUCAAGGAAGACGGUUCCGAGUCCAGCAUCCUCGCCCAUAACGUCUACUGGAUCGUCGACCAAGCCUUCCAUGAUGCUCUCUGGGAGCGCGUCCGCCCUUUCAUCCCCACGCACGACGCAGGCAGGAAGGCACGGGGUAUCAACCGUCGCUUUAGAGUCUACCGCUACGUUCCCGGAGCCGAAUAUCGUUGCCAUUUCGACGGCGCUUGGCCUCCGUCGGGCAUUCACCCUACGACGGGCAAAUACAUGUACGAUGCGUCGCCGGCGGACAAGAAGCAGUCGAGUCUGUUCACUUUCCUCAUGUACUUGAAUGACGAGUUCGAGGGCGGCGAGACCACCUUCUUUACUCCGAGUGUACGUGACGGUGUCAUGAAUGCCCAUCCGGUGAGGCCGGUUAUGGGCUCGGUGGCGGUGUUCCCUCAUGGUGAGAACCAUGGCGCGUUGUUGCAUGAGGGCACUGGUGUCAGGAAGGGUGCCAAGUACAUUAUCAGGACGGAUGUGGAGUUUGAUGUCGAUGCUGGACGGGAGGACUGA